AUAUCAAUAGAUUUUUUUUUUUCAACUUCAAAAGGUUUCAGGAAAACGGUCAAACGGUCCAGGCUAACGGAUUGGAUUUAAUAGAAGGAGAAAGAUACAAUGGCCGAGGAGCAAAGAAAGUUGCUUGAGCAGCUCAUGGGAAAAGAAGCGAUGAUUUCGCCAAUGAUUGUUCGUCGAGAACCAGAACUCACGAGUCAUCGGGUGUGCAAGAGCUUCUUGGUGGGAACAUGUCCUCAUGAACUAUUCAUUGGAACUAAGCAAGAUUUGGGUCCGUGUCCACGAUUACAUUUGGAAAAGCAUAAACUUGAUUACGAGUACCGCACAAAACGCAAAGGGGAAAGAUUUCCUGAGUUUGAGUAUGAAUAUUAUAAGCACUUGCAAACGUUUAUUAACGAUUUGGAUAAUACGAUAUCACUUGCACUGAAUAGAUUGAAACAUACGCCGGAGGAGAAAUCCAGGAUUGCUGCAGUAACAAAGGAGCUCGAAGCAGUCGAUACUAGGAUUGGGUUGAUGACGCAGGAGAUUCAUUAUUUAACGUUGGAACAAGAAACUUUGAAAAGUCUUCAGGAAAGCAUAAAAUUGAAUGUGCUAUAUGAGCAACGGGAGGAGUUGGCCAAGACAGCUAGAAAUAUUGCUGAGAAUGUGGGACAGUCGUCACAGCAAAAGCUUCAAGUAUGUGAAGGUUGUGGUGCAUAUUUAUCCCGUUUGGAUAAUGAUAGACGUUUAGCUGAUCAUUUUGUUGGUAAAAUACAUUUAGGCUUUGUUCAGAUGAGAAAUGCUUAUAAUGAUUUACACAAUCAAUACAAACGUUCAUCCCAUUAUUAAUGAGU